AUGCUCUUCCGCCUCAUCGCUUCCCUGUUUGCUGUGACCGCAAUCGGCGUAGCCAGCGCUUUCUCCGUACCGUCCGUCCAGGCAGAAGGACGCGAUGUCCCCGAUGUGACCUACCUUUACCCGAAGCAGACGACCACCGAUCCAUUCAGUGCGAUCGAGGCUGCCGUCCAGGGCCUCGAGCAGGCUGCCAGUCAAAUACUCCCCGAGAUCACUACCCUCGUGAACUCGGGAAAUGCCACACAGUCAAAUAUUGAGCCUCUUAUUCAGGAUCUUGUCAACGCCAUCGAAAGCGCUAUGUCUCAGGUCAAUCCAUUCCAGGGCCAGACUUUCUUCCCAUCGGUGGACGCCAGCCAGAGCAUGGCCAAGUCCAUGGCCGACGUCAUCAACAAUAUCGCGACCACCAUGGACGGACUGACCCAGACAAACAUCUCGAACGUCCCCGCGGUGGUGAAGCCCGUCGACUUGGCGCUCACCCCGUUCCUCGGAUUCCUCGGAGCUGCCGUUGCCGGAUUACUAGCGGACAUCGUCGGCUUGUACGUUUCUAUGUUCUCAUACGGCACGAUGAUCCACGAAACACGGUUCAUCUAUGAGCAACAGGUCUCCUACGACACACUUUGUGUUGAGCCGGAAUUAGCCAGGGUCAUGAGGAUACCUGUGCUGCUCUCCCUAUUCUUCGCAUCUGUGCUCCACGUAACCGGCGCUACGGGACUAAGAUUUGGGUUUCAAGAUAGAAGAGACGUAGGAGGAUCCGAGUCCGUCAUCAAGCGGGACACCAUAAGUGAAGUGGAGUCGGCUGUGGCAAGUUUGCAGCAGGCGACAAGUCCAAUUCUAAAUCAGAUAACCGAUCUCAUCAAUGAGGGAAAUGCGUCCGUAGACACAGUAACACCUGUCAUCGCCGACCUCGUUGCCGCCAUCAAUGCUGCCAGCUCUUCUCUGGUCGGGCUCCCAAGUGUCCGCGUCAAACGAGCGACCAAUGACACGGACGGCAUUGCAUCAACGAUGGGGAAUCUCAUCAGUGUGCAUACAUGUAAUUUCCAUGCUUUUGGUAGCACUCUAUUCACCUCGAUUGUUCAGGACAUCACGUUCACGAUGGACGGACUGACCAAGACUGACAUGGCAUUGGCAGACGUGCAAGCCAUGCUGCUGCCUAUGGAUGACGCGCUCGGCACUUUUCUGCAACAGGUCGGAAGUUUCAUCGCAGGCCUGCUCGCUGAUAUCGUAGGAUUCCUUGUCGGUGGAGUCGUCACCAUAUUGACGUACCUCCUCUUGAACUCGAUUCUGAUGAGCCUCGGCCUAUAG